UGGCUCAGAGACAUAAUUGUUAUUAUGUUAUAUACUGUUAAAAAAAGUGCUGAUUGGAAGAAUGGACUCCAGAAACUUGACUAUAGGAAUAGUGAUCUCACUUCAGAGUACAUUAGGAAUUCUGGGAAAUUUAUCUUUUCUUUUUCACUAUCUACUCAUUUACUACACUGAACACACAUUAAAGACUGUAGACUUAAUUCUUAUACAUGUGUUCACAGCAAAUUCCUUAAUCAUUCUCUCUAGAGGAGUACCCCAGUUAAUGAGAGCUUUUAAGUGGAAAAGGUUCUUCAAUGAUGUUGAAUGCAAACUCAUUUUCUACGUUCACAGACUUGGCAGGAGCAUGUCCAUCACAUCCAUCUUCCUCUUGAGUGUCUUCCAGGUCAUCACCAUCAGCCCUAAUGUCUCCUAUUGUAAAGACCUUAAAACCAAAUUAACAAAAUAUGUUCACCUUUCCAUUUCCUUCCUCUGGAUCCUGUACAUGAUAGUAAAUAUGGUUUUUCCCAUGUACACAUCUAUGAAGAGUAAUGUCGAAAAUAAGACAAAAAUGAGAGAUUUUGAAAUUUGUGACUCUCUCAGUCGAAACAAAAUAGUAGAUUCACUGUUCACAGCAUUUUGGGUAUUUCCUGAAGUCUUAUUUUCUACACUCAUUGUAUGUUCCAGCGUCUCCAUGAUUGUCAUACUCUAUGGACACAAGAAGAGGGUUCAGUACAUCCUCAGCACUCAUUCGUCCACCAGAAUUUCCCCUGAAUCCAGAGCCACACAGAACAUCCUGGCCUUGGUUUGCACCUUUCUAGCUUUCUAUUCCAUCUCCUCCUUUUUACAAGGCUACAUCGCUCUUUCACGUAAUUCCAAUUCGUGGCUAAGGAAUAUCACAACCAUGGUUUCUACUUGUUUUCCUACUUUAUGUCCCUUUGUGGUGAGACAUGAUUCCAUUAUUUCCAGAGUUUACUUUUUCUGUUUGAGAAAUAUCAAAAGGAAUUAA